AGAACACAUGUUGAUUCUUAUCAAGUUGGUGGGCAGGCAAUCUUUUCUACUCCAUAUAUUGCAUUUAUAUCUGUAAUGAUUAACCCUAAUGGUCUCAGAUCAGCAGUAGAAAGAAGUAGGCCUAAUUAUUUUAGGUGUAAUCUUCAAAGAUAUUAGGGGGAAAUAAACACUGUACCCAAAUCCACGUUUUACAAUGCUCCUGGGAAAUGGGUAGGCCUCCACCUAUAGUCCUUCACAGUUUUACAGCUGUGAUAUAUUUAUUUAUUUACAUAGAUCACAUACAUAAAUAAAUAUGAUAGCUGUAGGUAGCGUUGAGAUAAAAUUCCCAUAUUCUAUUGCUACUAACAUAAAUCCUAAUAUAUCAUGUUUUCCUCAUUUGCUCUGUAGGAGGUUCGUCAUAUGAAGGACAUUCAAGUGGAUGUGACCCCUAACCUGCAAUAGGGGCUCAGUGAGGUGACAGACAUCCUGUAAUGGAUCUCCAGCUAGUGUCUGAGGACCUGGAGAAGACUGUGUCUACAGCUGUGGGGCAGGACAAGCAUGGGACAGACAUCCUGAACGAAUCUGAUGUCAGAGCUCCCAUCAGCCCUCUACACCUCGCUUCACCACCAUGCUAUGGAGGUCCUGGUUCAGUCUCUGCUGGAUCUAGACGUGAGGGACAGCCAGGGGCGCACCCCUCUGGACCUGGCUGCCUUAAAAAGCCUUGUGGAGUGUGUUGACGUCCUCAUCAACCAGGAAGCCUCCAUCCUGGUUAAAGACUUCACUCUGAAGAGGACCCCCAUCCACGCUGCAGCAACCAACGGACAUUCGGAGUGUUUGCGUUUGCUGAUUGGAAAUGCUGACAUCCAGAGUACAGUGGACAUUCAAGACGGAAUAGUCACUUGGGUUUUGGAUACAAUUCCUGAAAUAAAGAGAUUUUGAAACUGGGGCUGCAUCCAAAAUGGCAACCUGUACCCUACUUGGUACAGUACUUUAAACCAAAGUCCUAUGGGCUCAGGUCAAGAGUAGUGUACCAUAUAGGGAAUAGGUUGCCAUUUGGGACUCAGCCUGGUUACUACCAGUUUGUAAUAUGACCUGUUGUCUUGUGUAUCAGAACCCCUCUGAUGCUGUCGGUGCUGAGCGGACACAGACUGUGUGUACUCCCUGUUCAACAAGGGAGCAAGCGUAGAAGCCAAAGACAAAUGGCACAGAACAGCUCUACACAGAAGGGUUGUGAGGAGAGUUGGCUGCGGUGACUUUUCACGAGGAGUGCAGCACAGUGCCAGCUUCCUGGUUCGGGAAGGUAAGGGGCGGAGCCAUGUCCACCUGGUGGCGGCGUCCGGACACAUCGGGAUACUGGGGUGGCUCCUACACACCGCCCAGUCAGUGUGGACCCUCCCCGUCAUCACAGACAACCAGGGCUACACGCCACUACACUUGGCCUGCUACAACGGAGGUUCGUCAUAUGAAGGACAUUCAAGUGGAUGUGACCCCUAACCUGCAAUAGGGGCUCAGUGAGGUGACAGACAUCCUGUAAUGGAUCUCCAGCUAGUGUCUGAGGACCUGGAGAAGGCUGUGUCUACAGCUGUGGGGCAGGACAAGCAUGGGACAGACAUCCUGAACGAAUCUGAUGUCAGAGCUCCCAUCAGCCCUCUACACCUCGCUUCACCACCAUGCUAUGGAGGUCCUGGUUCAGUCUCUGCUGGAUCUAGACGUGAGGGACAGCCAGGGGCGCACCCCUCUGGACCUGGCUGCCUUAAAAAGCCUUGUGGAGUGUGUUGACGUCCUCAUCAACCAGGAAGCCUCCAUCCUGGUUAAAGACUUCACUCUGAAGAGGACCCCCAUCCACGCUGCAGCAACCAACGGACAUUCGGAGUGUUUGCGUUUGCUGAUUGGAAAUGCUGACAUCCAGAGUACAGUGGACAUUCAAGACGGAAUAGUCACUUGGGUUUUGGAUACAAUUCCUGAAAUAAAGAGAUUUUGAAACUGGGGCUGCAUCCAAAAUGGCAACCUGUACCCUACUUGGUACAGUACUUUAAACCAAAGUCCUAUGGGCUCAGGUCAAGAGUAGUGUACCAUAUAGGGAAUAGGUUGCCAUUUGGGACUCAGCCUGGUUACUACCAGUUUGUAAUAUGACCUGUUGUCUUGUGUAUCAGAACCCCUCUGAUGCUGUCGGUGCUGAGCGGACACAGACUGUGUGUACUCCCUGUUCAACAAGGGAGCAAGCGUAGAAGCCAAAGACAAAUGGCACAGAACAGCUCUACACAGAAGGGUUGUGAGGAGAGUUGGCUGCGGUGACUUUUCACGAGGAGUGCAGCACAGUGCCAGCUUCCUGGUUCGGGAAGGUAAGGGGCGGAGCCAUGUCCACCUGGUGGCGGCGUCCGGACACAUCGGGAUACUGGGGUGGCUCCUACACACCGCCCAGUCAGUGUGGACCCUCCCCGUCAUCACAGACAACCAGGGCUACACGCCACUACACUUGGCCUGCUACAACGGAGGUUCGUCAUAUGAAGGACAUUCAAGUGGAUGUGACCCCUAACCUGCAAUAGGGGCUCAGUGAGGUGACAGACAUCCUGUAAUGGAUCUCCAGCUAGUGUCUGAGGACCUGGAGAAGGCUGUGUCUACAGCUGUGGGGCAGGACAAGCAUGGGACAGACAUCCUGAACGAAUCUGAUGUCAGAGCUCCCAUCAGCCCUCUACACCUCGCUGCGGUGACUUUUCACGAGGAGUGCAGCACAGUGCCAGCUUCCUGGUUCGGGAAGGUAAGGGGCGGAGCCAUGUCCACCUGGUGGCGGCGUCCGGACACAUCGGGAUACUGGGGUGGCUCCUACACACCGCCCAGUCAGUGUGGACCCUCCCCGUCAUCACAGACAACCAGGGCUACACGCCACUACACUUGGCCUGCUACAACGGAGUCAGAGGUCAGUGGGAAUGACCUCACCCUCAUAGACCUGGGUGACCCCAUCAUUGACGGUGAUGUUAUGAAGGAAGACAGAGAGGUUGAGAGACAGACCAAGUUGGAAGAGGCUGUUCUAGAGACAGAUAUCCCAACUCUGUCACUAGAGGCUGAUGGAGAGAUUGAGAUGCAGGAGGCUGAUCUGAAGACAGAUGGCACAUCUCAGUCACAGGAGGUUGAAGGAGAGAGUGAGUUGGACGAGGCCAUUGUCAUCCCAUCUCAGUCACAGGAGGAGGCCAAAGGAGAGAGUGAGUUGAAUCAGGUUGAUCUGAAGACAUCCACAUCAACUCUGACACUGGAGGUCGAAGGAGAGAGUGAGUUGAAUCAGGUUGAUCUGAAGACAUCCACAUUAACUCUGACACUGGAGGUCGAAGGAGAGAGUGAUUUGAAUCAGGUUGAUCUGAAGACAUCCACAUCAACUCUGACACUGGAGGUCGAAGGAGAGAGUGUGAUGCAGGAGAGUGAUGAUGUAGAAACAGCCGGGCCAUCUCAAUCCCAGGAGACUGAACGAGUGGCAAAGGCUGCAGUGGUGACCUUCACUACCAUGACCCGCAAGGCUGCAGCCUCCCAGACCAGCCUCAGCAGGGGAAAGAGAAGCUACCCAGACCUACACACCUUUGUGCAGGACAUGAAGGAUGGCCAUUGGAAUCUGCUGAGUGAGAAUAUGCGUUCCGGGAUGAGCAGAGAUGAGUUUAGUGCUAGGUGCAUGGAUAUUACAAAUUGGGUAAUGGAGUCUACAUCCACUGUGGUCGUUCCCGCCCUUGACCUCACCAUGCAGAUCAGGCUCUCUGAUUCGUCAAGCUCUUCUGGAUCAGGAAGCAAUGUGGCUAGAGAAGUGACCUCUCUUGGCCGCAGCGUCAGAUUCAGCUUUCGUGGUGGACCCAGUAGACGCACCAGUUCAAGAACUACUUGCAGCACACAAACUCCCACGCCUUUCCCCUACUCUCACAGUUCCAUGACCUCUUUGCUGAGUGUUGACGAAGAGCGAUAUGUCUCCUCACCUGAGGGUGGUGAUAGAGAGAUGAGACACAGACCCCACUCGGCACCACUGAGUUCUGUGUUUGGAAUCUCUGAGGAUUCUGUCUUCAACAUGGUCCAGAGAGGCCAGUCGCAGAGUGAGAUCGUACUGUCGUCCAGUUGGAGUAGACGGGAGAAAUACAGACCUGUCAAAAUACCAACGGACACCAGGUUUAUGAUGGGUAUUGUAGAGUUGGUAAUGAACCUUCUCAAUUCCAGAUUGGCUGAGCUAAUGCGAAGUUUCAGUCAGGGAACUCUAGGUCCGCUGUCUGGUAGUAUCUCAGCAAGUCAGCAGUUUGCCCAAGAAAUGCUAAGCAUGGUGUCUGCUAAGAUGUAUUCCCAUGCCAUAGAGCAUAUUGCGCACGGCCACAAGUCUCCCCUUGAGUUAGAGAGGGAGCUUGAGGCCAUAUUGGGUCCUCUGGCUGGACAGGUUAUAGUCAUCAUCAUAGAUAGCAUCUUUAAGGCUAAAGCCAACGGAAGAAACGAGGGACGAGCGACCAGCCCCUUGACCUAUUUUCUCACUGCCAUCUCAGCAGAAAUACAAAGCCUAGUUGUUCAGAGAUCGGCUAGCAGACCGUCCACCAGACUGUCCAACAACGACCCACUGCUGAACGUUUCCAAGUCAAAGGUCUUAAGAUCAGUUCUGCUCAAAAUGGCAGAACUCUUUGGCCAAGGUCCAAGUGAAACCUGUCUAGUUCCACUAGUCCAGAGUCAGUCCAACAACUCUGUUUGCGACUGGACUCUGAAUGCAGGCACCGUUCAUCCAAGUCAAUUUCUGUCCCACAACAGAAUGACAGAAGUGUCAUCCGAUGUUGUGGAUCUUGUACUUGAGGUUUUUGGGAUAACAGGAUUUUUGGAUAGCAGGAGCCCGUCAAGGCCACAGAGUGCCUGCUCCUACAACUCAGCUAAUGGAGCAAUAGAUAUGAGAGCUCUUGCUGGGGACUUGGUCAGACAGGUGUCUGUCAAACUCAGACCCUUUGUCUCUGAGAGUCAACUCUCCACCAUGUCCAUGACAGAUCUGUCAUCAUCUAUUUCUGACUCCACCUUGAAGCAGUUGUGUUGUAGCUCUGCUGUUGCUGCAGCAACUGUCUGUCAAGCAAUCAAAAUGGAGCUCGAGAACCAGAGACCUACAAACCUGUCAGCCAGAGACCUACUAUCGUCUCUGGUAGAGAGCAUUGAGGACAUGGAUAUUUCUGACAUCCUCCAGGGCCCGUCGGCCAUUUUGGAGGAGGCUGCUAUGAUUAAGCACCCAGAGAUGUCCACCUCGACAAUAUACAGGUCUCUGCUUCUCGACUCAUCUCUCGCCUCCUCUAACAUGGUCACUGAGAGCAUUAUCUUCAACAGCCCACGCCCAUCAGAGGAGAAUGUGAAUAUUCAGAAUGUGCUCCCUGUUGAUAAAGUUGACAUCCUCCAUGGUCAACCAGUGGAGGGGUAUAUCGUCAAAGCUGAGCAAUGCAUCACUCAGGUCAUUCAGGAUGCAGCUGUGACAUAUACUGGCAUGCUGGAUAAAACCGACACUUGUGGGAAACUGUCGGAAGUUCUGUCUAUCUGCGUUUCCGCGGAGAAUAUUGAGGAUGCAUCCUCUGAUCUAUUUGGUGGAAUUAUUUCCGACCUGCAUGAGGUAUCUGAGGUCAAUAAGACCUCCAUGCGUACGAAAUCAGGUCGCAAAAUGUUCUGGAUGGAAGUGAGUUCAGGUUCCCAGAAGAUUUAUACCAAAACCCUGGACAAACUGAGGAAGCUUUUCACCUCUCACCUUCUCACUGAGGGAAAAAAUACUCCUGUGCAAAUUGAGUUCUAUGACACUGGACUACUUGUAACUGAGACCACUGUGGAGGUAUCUCCUGUACAGAAGACAGACAGUAAUACCUCUUCAAUGUCCUCAGCCCACCAGCUCACCCUCGACACCUGCACUAAAGGGGUCAUCAAACAGGUGAUCUCGGUGCUGAGGGUGGAGACUUCAAAGGAAGUCAAAUGCGAGAGCAUGUCAAAUGCAUCCUUCGACUUCAACCAGAAGUUGGACUCUAUAAUUUCGAAAUUGGAGAGCCUCACCAUUUCGAGUGAGUCAUCCAAGAUUGCCACGCUCACGCGAUCUCGUAGUGUAGCCAGCAGAACCUCUAACAUUUCCAUCCAGAGCUUUCACAGUGCUGAGUUCCGAGCUACGGCCAAACAGAUUGUGCGUGAGGCCAUUCUCAGAGCUGCUAGCGAAGCCAACUGUUCUUUGCCACAGAGCAUGCCUAGCAGCACCUUCUCACACCAUGUGGUUUCUACAACUGAAGACAUAGUGAAUAUGAUCAUGCAAGACCUUGAAAGUCUAUCCCAGUACACAGUGGAGGACGCAGACUCCUUCCCACUAGGAGAGAAAAAGCUGCAGUCCCAGCUCAAUCCCAGAGUUGUCUUUGACACCUUAUUGGAUGCUGCUCAAACCAUGUACCACAGAGUAAAGGACAGACUGAACGUCUUUUUGUCUUUUCCACCCGUGUCAGUCACCACAGCCAAAGAUGUGCUGGACUCCACCCCUGUGGAGACACUCAGAUGCUCAAAGUCCCCUGACACUGCUCUUGUUAAGGACAGGAGCCGCCCUCCGUCUGUGAGAAGUGAGAAGCCAUUUUCAAAAGUCAGUUUGACUAAAAGGUCUAAAGCCCUUGUGUCUUCGAGUGGCUCCUCCACAGACCACCAUGUAAUUGACACAUGCAGUGAGGAUGUCACUCUGAGUAUGUCAGUUGUGAGCGACACCAGUUUGAAGAGAGCCUCUCCUCUCCAUGGUAGUGGAUUGAGUGCAAGUUGUGAACCUCUUGUGGCUCUACAAGACGGAACAGUGGCAGUCAGCCAAGAAGGCUUUAGCAAAACUGCAAAGAAGACGCUCAGCUUGAUCCUAAAUGUGAUCAAGUGCAGAUUGGCCAACUCUGAGAGUUCAUCUGUUGGGCAGAAUGCAAGUGAGGAGUGUCUGAUAGCCACUAACAUGUUAGACUCUCUACUGGAGAGCCUUGACCUGUUGCCUGACAUGAGUGCUGCCAAUGAGAUCACAAGGACAGAAUGCCAUACCUCUAACGCAAUGGACAAGACAGGUUCACAGUCAGCGCUUGUGAGUCAACAAGAAAUAAACAUAUCUGACACCAGUAUCAUAGUGAAAACUAUAAUGGACACAUUGAAGACAGACGACCCAGAGAUGACUACAGCAGAAGAAAAUCUGGAUAGGCUCCUGUCAAUUGAAGCCCUUCAAGAUGCGUCUGGCAACCUGAUCGCAAAGGUCCAUGGUCUCAUUCAGGAGAUAACCAUAAGCCGCCAGCUUCAAUCCACGACUGGCCACAGAAGCCUCUCUCAACCAGCGCUGCCAAAGCCAGCACUGAGGAAGCUGUCAAAGGACGAUGCGUCAGAGCUCAUUUACAGCUUUGCCCAGACUUCUGUUAGCAGACUCCUGGGACAGUGUUUGGGUAGGCCUAUGCCACCCACCGCUGACAGGGUUUUGGAUCAGGUCAUCAAGUUGAUGACAGACAUGGUGAUGGACAGCCUGACUGAUCUGUCCAAGUCUGCAAUGGAGGAUGUUAUUGUACCCAGGUCGGUCACACCAGCUUGCUCUUCUUACUUAGACACCAGCCAUGCCGCAAGUGACAUCACUCAUGGUGUUGUGGCUGACCUUAAUGCUACUGAGGAAUUCCCUGCCAGGGGCCUUAGCCCAGCUGAUGUAAAGGCUGACGGCAUGGCCCACCUUCCCUCUGCCAGGGGGGAAGAGACUAAGGAGAACAGGAAGUGGCAUUUCCUACCCAAAAUUAUCAAGAUUCCAAAGAUCAGGAUUAAGCUAUUCAAGACAAAAGGGGAACCGAAGAGCCACCCUGAACAGGAUUCUCUGCCUACCAAACGUCUCAGAGAGACUCGUAUUUCACAGGAUGCUGAGUGUGAGGUUCUAUCCACUUCCCCACCCAAGGAGGCCCUGACAACCACACUGGCCCCUGCUCCCCAGGAGUCCCAGUCCCGUAAACGCCCUCUCAUAGUCAGGGUGUUACGAGCUAUCUCCAGAGCCGUCUCCAAACCAUUCAGAAAAGCUUUUGGGAAGAAGAAUUAGCCAAAUGCCGGAUUUUAUUACUAUUUUAAUCAGAGCCUUUAUUUAAUAAAACAUUACUGCAUUGA